AAAAUGGAGUUUUCGGCGGAGUUUUUGAUGGACAUGGAGAGAAUGGACAAUAGUCAGCAACUUUGCUGCUGAAACUUUACAUUUUCUCUGCCAAAGAUCUUUUCUGUGAAUCAAAAUGUGAUGAGAAGGAAUUUUAACAAGUGGCAAAAGGCUUGUUGGAGUUCCUUUAUGGUGAUCGAUAGAGAUAUUAAAAGUCUUGAGAAUUUGGACUGUUCUUUCAGUGGAACAACUGCUGUCGUUGCUAUAAGACAGGUAACGAGAAAAAUCUUUCGUUUGACCUCAUUAUCGUGAAUAUUGCUAAAAGUUUUGGAGAAUCUAAUAUAGAAAUGUUAUAGGAUGAUGAUCUAGUUAUCGCCAACCUUGGAGAUUCUCGAGCUGUACUAGGAAGAAAGACAGAGGAGGGAGUAAUUGAGGCUGUUCAGUUAACUACGAAUUUGAAGCCUAGUCUGACUUAUAAGACUCUUCUUUUCAGAAUAUUGACAUGAUACACUGGGCAUAAUUCAAUUUCAAAUUGUUCUUAGUAAUGGUCUAUCGGAAACAGUUUGUGAGGUAGAGAUAAGGUCUGCGUACAUUAGACUCCACUACGUGGAACUACACGGGAUAUGCUGUUGUUGUUUAUUAGAGACUAAAUGAUCAUAAACUGUUUGAUGCAUACAGCUGAAGUAGAAAGAAUAAGGAGGUAUGGUGGCAGAGUUUUUGCGCGGAAAGAAGAGCCACAUAUCCAGAGAGUGUAUUUACCCAAUUAAGAUGUUCCUGGUUUGGCCAUGACAAGAUCAUUUGGGGAUUUCAUGCUAAAAUAUUUUGGCAUAAUCUCCGAGCCUGAUGUCUCUUAUCACCACAUUACUCCGAAUGACCAGUUUGUUGUUCUAGCAACUGAUGGGGUGUGGAAUGUGUUGAGCAACAAUCAAGUCGUCUCCAUAGUGCGUGCAACAAAUAAUGCAGCAGCAGCGACAGAGACAGUAGUACAAGUUUCGUUAGAUGCAUGGAAACAGAGGUUUCCUAACAGCAAGAGAGAUGACAGCACUGUCAUUUGCCUCUACUUGCAACAAGGUGCAUCUCUGAAGAAUGGUACUUGAAAUGUUACUAUUUGUAUUAGUAUAUGGAUAUUCACAUUUUGUUAGAUUAUUGAGUUCUGUGUAGAAUUUUUGGAGAAAAAUGUAUGAAGGCUACAAACUCUGGAGAUGAAAUCUAAGUGUUUUUUUCUAUAUAAAUAAAACAAACUACUACACAAACAUCUUGUGUAAAUAUAAUGCAUUUUGUACACUCAUUUGUUCACCAUAUCAUUAUAUAGGUCAAAAUUUGAUUUAAUGAAUAUAUAUUGAAGUGUUAGACACCUCUAGAAUCUAGAUACAAGUUAGUUGAAGGUAUAGUUGAAUUUAUAUGUGAGC